AUGAAAAACGAAGGUAUAGAGGGGACCGAGCGGUUCGUGAGCCCGGACAAGGGCCGGGGCCUGCGGGCCGUGAAGCACUUCUCGCUCGGGGAGCUGGUGUUCGCCUGCCCUGCCUACUCCUACGUGUUGACGGUGAAUGAGAGGGGAGCCCACUGUGAGCACUGCUUCACCAGGAGAGAAGACCUCUUCAAGUGUGGUGACUGGCCCAUGCAUAAGUUGGAGUGUGUAGCUAUGUGUGCCUAUGGGGAAAACUGGUGUCCAUCAGAGACGGUCAGACUAGUGGCCAGACUCAUCAUGAAACAGAGGGUAACCACGGAGCGCACCCCUUCAGAGAGGCUGCUGCUGCUCAAAGAGUUUGAGUCGCAUUUAGAUAAGAUGGACAGUGAGAAGGAUGAGAUGAACCAAGUGGACAUAACAGCUCUGCACCAUUUCUACUCUAAACACAUCAGUGACCUUCCUGACCAUCAGGCGCUCAAUGAGCUCUUUGCACAGGUAAACUGUAAUGGUUUCACCAUAGAGGAUGAGGAGCUCUCCCAUUUGGGAUCAGCUGUUUUUCCUGAUGUAGCCCUGAUGAAUCACAGCUGCAGUCCUAAUGUCAUAGUGACAUAUAAAGGCACGGUGGCUGAGGUCAGAGCCGUGAAAGAGAUCAGCCCGGGAGAGGAGAUCUUGAACAGUUACAUUGACCUGCUCUACCCUACAGACGAUCGAAAAGAGAGGUUAUUAGAUUCCUACUUCUUCACAUGCCAGUGUACGGAGUGCACCACCAAGUCGAAGGACAAAGCAAAAAUGGAGAUCAGGAAGUUGAGUUCUCCACCAGAGCCAGGGGAAAUCAAAACCAUGGUCCUUUAUGCCAGGAAUGUCAUUGAAGAUGAACUGCUGGAGAUGUGUGAGCUCAGCCUGGAGAAGAUGGGAGCUAUUUUUGCCGACACUAACGUCUAUAUGCUGCACAUGAUGUAUCAAGCAAUGGGUGUCUGUCUCUACAUGCAGGACUGGGAUGGUGCUAUGAGCUAUGGCGAGAAAAUCAUUCAUCCUUACAGUGUUCACUAUCCUGCCUACUCUCUAAAUGUGGCAUCUAUGUAUCUGAAACUGGGACGUUUGUAUUUGGGGCUUGAGAAGAAGACACAAGGAGUCAAAGCUCUGAAGAAGGCUUUGGCUGUCAUGGAAGUGGCUCAUGGAAAAGACCACCAUUAUGUAGCCGAGGUCAAACGAGAAAUUGAGGAGCAGAAAUAA